UUGUAUUACUAUUAAAUGCUUUUAGGAAAACCACCAGAGCACACAGACACAAAAAAAAAGAGAAAGAGAUCACGAUAUAAACAUCUCAUCUCCUCUUCUCUUUCAUUUCGUGUCUGUCUCUGUUGUGUGUGUUCGGAAGAAUAUUAUGAUGGAUAGAGUUGAAUCAUAUGUGUUCAAUAUCUCCGGUGACAAUCUAUAUCACUCUUCUUCUUCAGAGUCUUCUUCCAUCGGGAGGAACAGCGACGACGAAGAAGACGAAGAGUGUCACGGCGGUGACGCGGAAGAGAACGAAGCAGAGUCUCCGUACAAAGGCCCUCUUGAUCUGAUGGAAUCACUAGAAGAAGUCUUACCCGUUAGGAAAGGGAUAUCGAGUUUUUACAACGGAAAGUCAAAGUCUUUCACGAACCUAGCGGCUGCGUCGGCGUUGACUUCUUCAUCGUCGAUGAAGGACUUGGCAAAGCCGGAGAAUCCUUACAGCCGGAGGAGGAGGAAUCUCCUCUGCCAUCAGAUUUGGGAGAACAAUAAAUCGGCUCCACGUGGCGGGAUCUCGAAGAAACACGUCAUGAGCUCGAGCAGGAGCGCGUUGACGCUCGCCGUGGCGGUUGCAGCCGGAGAAGGAUCUUCAUCCGGUGAAGACUCGUCGUCGGGGUCAAGUCCGACGAACUCUGGAUCUCCUCCUCCGAGGCAGAGACAUCAUCAUCAGAUUAUGACGAUGCUUCCUCCGUUGUAUCCUAGUAGUAGGAGUCAUCAAGGGUCUUUUGGUAAUUUGAAGUCGUCUCAAUCGUCGUUGGAGUUUUGUGCCUUGAGAUCGUCUUCGGUUGCUGAUAUUUCGAGGUGUCUUGGGUCCAAUUGAAUCGUAGUGGACGAUAGAUAGCAUUUGUUUACUUGAAACUUUGUUUUUUAACCCUGUUAACAUCCGGAGAAUGUAUAGACGAGUUUCAAACUUUUAAAUGGAUCUACAACUUUUUCA